CCUACCCCGAAGCGACAUUUACAUACGAUUUGAAUCGAAGUCGCCGAUAUGCCGGGCAUUCUGCCUAUGAAAGUUAUUAAGAUCGGGUCGGCAGCACAGCAGCGUAUUGCGCAAGCCUGUGACCGAUGCCGAUCGAAGAAAAUCCGAUGCGAUGGCAUGAGACCGAGCUGUACCCAGUGCGUCAAUGUCGGUUUCGAAUGUAAGACGAGCGACAAGCUCAGUCGACGCGCAUUCCCUCGAGGGUACACCGAGUCCCUGGAAGAUCGCGUACGCAGCCUCGAAACCGAAGUCCGGGACCUGAAGAUCCUCCUCGACGAGAAAGAUGAAAAGAUCGAUAUGCUGUCCCGAAUACACUCGCAUUCGCACUCCCCACACAUUAAGCCAAUUCAGAUACGGUCGAGUUCAACGCCAUCGGCUGCUGGUCAGAAUACGGAUGAAGAGCGUGCCGUAGAAAAGGAAGGCACCUUCAAAGUGAACCAGUCGCCGGUGCUCGUUGAAGAUGAACAUUGCGAAUCCUACUUUAGCGGCACGUCGAAUAGCCGAACACUGAUCGAUGCAUUCAAAAUGAAACUCCAAAGUUCGGGCAAAUUCUGUGUCGAUAUCCACAGCAAAACCUUCUUUCCAGGAACCUCAAACCCCUCCACAAUAUCAGCAGAGGCUAUGGAUCCUCCACCACGACUAGUUUCGGAUCAACUAGUCAAUAUCUUCUUCCAGGAAUGGGCUCCGUUGUUCCCCAUUUUACAUCGCCCGACGUUUCUGAGCGUCUAUGAACGUUUCGUCGCAGGAUCCGAGGAAGAUCUGGAUGAGAAGUCGAUCGCUCAAUUGUACCUGGUGUUUGCAAUUGCUGCUUUGGCGAGCGAGAAUGAUCUGGACUUAAGUUCAUUCGAAAAGCAGUGGCAGGACUCGCUCGAGUCCUUUAUCAUGGACAACGAUAUGGCUACGCUGCAGUGCCUGUCCCUUGCUCAGAUCUACUGUUUGCAGACAUCCGAUCAAUCCAGGCUCUUCAAAUACAAGGGUCUAUCCGUUUCUCUUGCCCAAAGAUUAGGCCUCCACCAGUCUCAGAAACGAUUUGCGCUGGGUGCAUUGAGCAGCGAGACCAGAAAGAAGGUGUUCUGGACGAUAUAUACCCUCGAUUGUAUCGCCGCUGCCCAAUUGGGCCUACCACGUGCGCUCAAUGAUGUCGACGUGUUCUGCGAGUACCCGGUCGACGCGGAUGAUGAGUAUAUCACCGAAAAAGGCUUUCUGCCAACGUUGCCUGGAGAGUACACGAAGCUUUCAAGCGCUCUCGCCCUCUUCCGACUCUCUAGGGUCCUUGCCAAGAUUCUGGCAGAAGUAUAUCCAGCUACCACAAGCUAUGAAAUUUCACUCAAGACCAUCGCCAGACUUUCCGAUGAAUUGGAAGCCUGGCUCAGUGACCUAGCACCGCAUCUCCGAUUGCAAUUUGUGCAGGAUAAGCCGAGUACCCACAUGAUCAGCAGCCGAUCGCCGAUCUUAUCACUUGCCUACAAUUACAUGCGGUUCCUAUUGUUCCGCCCAGUAGCAUGCUCUCAUGCCACACUCGGAGGCCGG